AUGGAUAACCAGCCGAAGAUCGAAUUACUCCAAGCUGAGGUCGACGAAAAUGACCAAAGCUUUUCCCGACUUCUGGUUGACGGUCGAUCUAUCAAAUACAUCACCGUAGAACCUGGCAUUUACAGCUCUGAAGAUAUGUGUUUUGGUCCCUCCCUAGUCUCUAUUUUACCAAAACUUCCCGCCGGAGACUGGAACGAUGGACUAGUAGCUAAGGACGCAAAGGAUGACCAGCCACACUUUGCGUAUUGCACCCUGAUCCAAUUUCCUGGCGUUCAGAAUACCUGGCAUAGAACCUAUGUCAACUACUUGGAGCUUUCGAUCGGACGAAAGUUACGAACGGGCAUAUAUGAGGCCAAAUGUUUAUUAUUUGAUGAUGAUAUUAUCGUCGCCAAAUUCGCUCGUUUCCCCUGGGAGAUUCAAUGCAUGGAGAAUGAAACCACGGCAUAUCAAUGGAUAUCCGGGCGUAACAUCGGGCCCCCGUUCCUUGGGCACUUGACUGAAAAUGGUCGAGUCAUUGGGUUCUUGAUGGAACGCAUAACCGAUGAGUCCGACAUGGGGAUACAAAUCGAUUUCCUCGUCCAUGAUUCGAAAGCUACUUUGAUCGAUUUUGACACGGCUCAGAAAUGUGACGAUCGAAACUUGCUUCUGCAGGAGUUUGAGAAUUUAACUGUGCGCCUCAAAGAUCCGUCGGGCAGAGGAGGUGGAGGUCUUCUAUAG